AAUCCCAGUUUACACUUGAGAAAGAUGGACAAGAAAAAGAGAGGUUAUGACUAUAUAUCAGAAGAAAAGCGAAUCGCUAUUAUUCAGGCAGCUCAAAGCAGGCAUGAGUCUAUUAAGGCCUGAGCUUCCCGCCUUGGAGUAAAGUACAUCACUGCUAAGCAGAUUGUCAAGAGAUGGAGAGAGAAGGGAAUUGUGAUGACCAAAGGAUGAAAGAAGGAUGACAACAGUGAAAAAGGUUUAGAAGAAAGUCCUACUGCAAAAGAGGAAGCCAAGGAGGAACAGAAAUUAGAACAAAUUUGAAUGAAUCAAGAAGUUGUUCAUCCAAUUAUUGAACCUACAAUGGUAAACCACUUACCUUAUCAAACCGUCAUGAUGAACUCUCCUUUUGUCGGAUAUGGAGGAUUUCCACAAGCUCAGCUAGUCCCUUUUAAUCAGUUUCAAGGUUACAAUCAGAUGCAGGGUCCUCAGUUCAACGAUAUGGGUGCAACCCAAAAUAUGCUCAUUCCAUGUUCUAUAGUUCCUGUUGCAGUCCCUGGGUACGUAUACUUUCCUCCUCAAGCUCCACUAAACCAAGUAUCCUCAACCCUCAAUAACCCAAACUCUCCGCCACAGAGUAUGCCUACUCCGCCUGAACACAAAGAGGGCAAAGAAGAGGAUCCGAAAAGAACUUAAACUAGUUUUUAAAUUAUUACUACCAAC